AUGCUUCUAAUGCAGCUCUUGCAACUGAGCUCUCCCGUUGCCUCCGACACCGUUGAAAUUGCGGUUCCCACGACAGUAAUGCGAAUCAACUUCAAAGAUCGAGGUGAGAUUCGAGUCGCAGAAGAAGACGAGGCUAGCAUCCUUAUUCGUCCUGCCGCCUCGUCACUGUGCCAUCUCAGCUCUCCGCUUAGUUUACGGAAGAAAGACCCGGAGACUGAUGAGGACUGGACUCUGUCAUCAGGUGCUCCUGUCGCCAACCAUCUGCAAGAGCCCGUGGGCCGAAGGGUUCUCACCUAUUUCCAAUGCUCUAAGAGCUCCAAGCUUUACGGCCUCUCAGAUGCCAAGCUCUUAGCAGGCGAUCGACUCUGGCAGCCUCCUAACGCGAGGUUCAGCUUCAUUGUAAGGCCAGUCACAUCGAGUGAGGUCACGAUUGUAGGUCGAGCACAGCUCUUUGAGCUUGACGUCAAUGACCACAAUGCUCGUGCAGUCACACCGCAGCAUAGCAGCCUGGACAAGGAGCUCGUUGGCGAAGAGACCUGCAUACAGUUGGGCAUCAACCAGCUAAUGUGUCUUGCGUGGCUCACGACGACAUCUGACCUGACAGAUCCAUCCCAGAAGUAG